AUGGCUGCUGUUGCUGAAAGGGAAUAUAUUUCACCAUCCAAACUUUUUUCAGUGCCUUCGAAUAGUGUUAAAAAGCUCAAAUUUUACAAAAAUGGAAAUGAAAUUUUGGUUGAACCACCUGAGGUCGAUGAGAGGGAUGUUGCUAUCAAAUGUACUUUAGAAGAUUUGACGGUCUCUGAGCCAGUCACAUCUGAGAAAAUUGCUGAAAAGUUAGAGAUGUACGGUGGUUGUGUUGUGAAAAAUUAUCUUUCAAAAGACACUUGCGAUCAAAUUUUGAAAGACAUUGCACCCAGAAUCAAAGAAGAUAAAGAUUGGGAUGGACAUUUUUUUCCACCAGAAACCAAAAGAGUUACUGGGAUGUGUAUUAAAUCCAAAACAUGCGCUGAGUCGUUUAUGAAUCAUCCGUUGAAUGUUGAUGUGUCGAAUAAAUUUUUGGGUAGAGAAAAUGCAUUCUGGAUUGGCGACAAGAUUGUGACUGGAUAUUCAAGCCCUCAACACAACUCGUGUAUUACAUUCAGUAUUGGACCGGGAGCGAAAAACCAAGUUCUACACAGAGAUGACAUGAUUCAUCACCAAAUCAAAAAAUCAAUGGACAAAUAUGAAUAUGGAUCAGACUCAGCUCUUGGUACAGUUUUAUGUCUAUCAGAUAAAGCCACCAAGAAAAACGGCACCACCAGAUUUAUUCCAGGGUCUCACAAAUGGGGACAUUUUGCAAGACCAAGAGACGAAGACUGUGUUCAUGCUGAGAUGGAAAAGGGCGAUUGUUUUUUUAUGUUGGCUUCAUGCUACCACGGCGGUUCGGCUAAUGUGACAAAAGAUGAGUAUCGAAUUCUAACUAUUUUGUUCAUGACAUUGGGAGUCAACAGACAAGAAGAAAACAUUCAAGUUGGAACGGAUCUUGAUUAUUAUCGAUCAUUGAAAUUUGAAACAUUGAAAACGUUGGGGUUUAUUGCUAGUAAUCCAUUUUUAGGAUGGUCUGAUUUAAAACAGCCCUAUCAUAUGCUAGAUUUGGAUUAUAUUAAGAACAUCCAAGAACCAGAUGAUUUUUAUUCGAACAGCUUUACUGUUGCUUGA